UCAUAUUUAUUCUUGGUAGGAAAAAAUUUGUUGGUAGAAUGGUUCAAAUAGGAGGCAAGAGAUUUAUUAGCAGGAACCAUGUUUCAUCUUUUGCUGCUCUUAGGGUUUUUCAGCCUCGCCGUCUGUCUCCCUCGUCAGUAUCACUUCAUUAAUGAGAAGAAGACCUGGGCUGAAGCACAGAGAUACUGCAGAGAGAAGUACACUGAUCUGGCUACCAUUGAUACCAUAGAGGACAUGAGCUCACUCCUUAACACAGUAACUGGCAGCUACUUAGGUUCAGCCUGGAUUGUUAAUAACAAUAAGGAGAGUUUAGCUGGUGAUGAUAUACUGGAAACAGAGAUCUGGAACAGCAGGAGAAGCUGGAUUGGACUGUAUAAUGAUCUGAACAGCUGGAAAUGGUCUCUGAAUGAUGAUUCUUUCUACAAAGAGGGAGAGAGAAGCUUUAGAAACUGGUAUAUACAGAAGCCGAUGAACUGGAACGAAAACGAAUUAUGUGUAACCUUUGUAACUUAUUCUGAACUAUGGACAGAGACCUCUUGCUCUAAUAUGCAUCCAUUCAUUUGCUUUGAUGGUAAGGCGAAUGCCAGUGAAAGAUAUGUCCUGGUUACUCAGAACAUGAACUGGACUGAAGCUCAGAGUUACUGCAGAGAGCAUUAUACAGAUCUGACCAGUGUGAGGAAUGACACGGAGAACCAGAAAAUUGGAUCAUUAUUUUCUCCUUAUGAUUCUGGAUACAAUACUGUAUGGAUCGGCCUGUACAGAACCAGGUCUUGGUCAGACAAAAGCAACUCCUCUUUCAGAAACUGGAAACCUGGACAACCAGAUAAUUACAGACAGAAUGAAUCCUGUACUGCUGUGGCAUUUAAUGAUUCCGGGAAAUGGACGGAUGAAAACUGCAGUCAAGUUUUGCCAUUCCUCUGUUACAUUACAACAACAUCAAAAUCAACAUCCUCUCGUCAAUAUUAUCUAAUUAAUCAGAAGAAGACCUGGACUGAAGCGCAGAGAUACUGCAGAGAGAAGUACACUGACCUGGCUACCAUUGAUAACAUGGAGGACAUGAGCACACUCCUUAACACAGUAAAUGACAGCUACUCAGGUUUAGCCUGGAUUGGACUGUAUGAUGAUCUGGACAGCUGGAGAUGGUCUCUGGAUGAUGAUGCUUACUACCAGGAAGGGGAAAGAGAGUUCAGAGGAUGGUACCAGCAACCUGAUAACUUCAAUGGACAAGAGCUGUGUGUGUCCAUGAGCCCAACAGGGGAAUGGUUUGAUCAGCCUUGUACUACUAUAAAGGCAUUUGUUUGCUAUAAUAGUAAGAAUGGUUCAAAGAAUUUAUAUGUGGGGAUUUAUUACAAAAUGACUUGGGAAGAAGCUCAGAAAUUCUGUCGAGCAAAUCACACAGACCUGGCCAGUGUGAGGAAUGAGACUGAACUUCAGCAGAUACUCAGUGUCACAAAUGGCUCUGAGGUAUGGAUCGGUCUGUAUAGGAGCCAAUUAUGGUCCGAUCAGAGCAACUUGAGUUUUACAUAUUGGAGACCAGAAAAAGGAGAAUGGUUUGAAACGAUUACAGAGUAUUUCAUUAAAGUUCACCGAAAUCAGCGCUGCGCAGCUAUGGAUCUUUCUGGCCACUGGACAUAUGAAAACUGCUUUACCAGUUUUCCUUUCAUCUGCUACACCACUUUCAACACAGGUGCUAUGAUGAGACUGCAAGUUAAAAUCAAAGCUAAUGGAAAUCUCUUCUAUCCAGAGAUCAAAAGAUUGGUUUUGAUGAAACUUCGACAAGAAUUGAAGAGACAAGAAAUUUCAAGGGACUUCAUUUUGAAUGUGAGAAACAUUCAGAAGCUUGGUCCAGAUGUGCUUUUCGAGGAAGUCCAUUCUAUUGAGAGAGAACCACACAAAUGAAAGUUUUUUUUCUUCAACAAAUUGAAAAUUUUACUGUAACCAAAAUAUUUACAGCUUUCAAAAGCCUUGAAAUGCCUCCUGACUUUGACCAUAAAAAUAGCAAAUCACUGUAAUUACACUAGGAAUGAGUGUGAUUUUCUAAGGUAUAAUGCAAGGAAAUGUAAAAUGUUUAACAUGCUCCACUUCUCUUACAACUUCAUUUGUUCAUGACUGUUGUCAUAAAUUGGAAACUCUGAACCUACAUUCAAAAGUAUUUACUAAUCUAGACAGACCUUUCAAACAUUAAAGUGCAUAUCCUGGA